GGGCUGAUGAGGUCAUUCCUAUUGGGAAGAAUAUGGGAUAGGAGAAGGGGAAGGAAGGGGAAGUUCUAACUGUCUUAGAACUAGUUAAAAAUUGCUUUCCUGUUGGACCAGUAUCUAAAGAAUCCUUAUUUCCCCUAGAAUACUCCUCUUUCUAGGUAUUAUCUCUAAUUGGGGUCUGUAAAUUUAAAAAGUGUAGUGGGGCUUUCUAUAUUCUGUUACUAUGUAAUAACAUGGUAAAAAACUGAGGUUGUACUCUGAGUUUGGGGUGGGGGUUGUUUUGUUACAUUUUAAAGAAAAUUUAAGCCAGCCUAAAUAUGAUGACAGGAUUAAGUUUGGCAGGCAACUCUUUGUAUUUUGUACUAGACUUCAAAAAUCUUUUCUUCUUCUUCUUCUUCUUUUUGUUUUUUGUUUUUUGUUUUUUUUUAAAUCCAGGAGAAUGCUUUAUUUCAACUUUUAGCUGACUAGAUGCUUAACUUAGUAUCGAGUUUAGCCUAGCUAAAAGCAAAUCGGCUUGUUUCUCAGAUCUAUGGGGGAUAGCAAGAAACAUUUGAGUGAAUGUUGUUGAAGAUUUUCAGUAGUAUAGAAAAUGAUGGCGCUCUUGUGAUAUUUGUAAGUACAAGCAAGGAUUUGGCACAGACAUCCUAUUUCAUGGCUACCAACAGUUUGCAUCUUACGACCUUCUGUCUUCAGUACAAACCCACGGUGAUAGCAUGUGUGUGCAUUCAUUUGGCUUGCAAAUGGUCCAAUUGGGAGAUUCCUGUGUCAACUGAUGGAAAGCACUGGUGGGAAUAUGUGGACCCUACAGUUACCCUAGAGCUGCUAGAUGAGCUAACACAUGAGUUUCUACAAAUAUUGGAGAAAACGCCUAGUAGGUUGAAGAGGAUUCGAAACUGGAGGGCUAUGGCUAAGAAACCAAAAGUAGAUGGACAAGUAUCAGAGACACCACUGCUUGGUUCAUCUUUGGUCCAGAAUUCCCUUUUAGUAGAUAGUGUCACUGGUGUACCUGCCAACCCAAGUUUCCAGAAACCUUCCACAUCAACGUUCCCUGCUCCAAUACCUCUAAAUCCAGGAAAUACGUCUGUUCAAGACAGCCGUGCAUCUGAUACUUUGUCAGUGCUAGCAGCAGGAAUGCCCAGUACCUCAUACAGUUUGUCGUCACACCAAGAAUGGCCUCAGCAUCCGGACUCAGCCAGGACAGACCCAGUAUACACACAGAAACAGGAGGCCACACUCUCUGGAAGCCAGUACAUCAGCUUCCAGCAGGGACCUUCAAUGACACUGCAUUCGGGAUUACAUCACAGGCCAGACAAAAUUGCUGAUCAUUCAUCAGCUAAGCAAGAAUACGCUCACAAAUCUGGGAGCAGUAAGCACCAUGGGCCCAUUCCUGCUGCUCCUGGAGUGGUUCCUCAGAAAAUGUCUUUAGAUAAGUACAGAGAAAAGCGGAAGCUGGAAACCCUUGACUUGGACACAAGGGAUCAUUAUAUAGCUGCCCAUGUAGAGCAGCAGCACAAACAUGGGCCAGCCCAGGCAGUCGCAGGCAGUUCUGUCACUUCUCCCAUUAAAAUGAAACUUCCUGUCACCAACUCCGACAAAUCUGAGAAACACAUGGCAGAGAAAAAAGAAAAGAGUGGAUCACUGAAGUUACGGAUUCCUAUCCCACCCCCUGAUAAAGGUCCCAGUAAAGAAGAGCUGAAGAUGAAGAUCAAAGUGUCAUCCUCAGAAAGACACAGCUCUUCUGAUGAAGGCAGUGGGAAGAGCAAGCACUCGAGCCCACACAUCAAUAGAGACCACAAGGAGAAGCACAAGGAACACCCUGCCAACCGCUACCACAGCAGCCACAAGCAUUUGCACAUGCUCAGCGGAGGAGGUAGUAAGCAUGCUGCUGAUGGGAUGCCACCCACUGUGCUGAGGAGUCCUGUGGGCCUGGGCCCGGACAGCAUCUCCUCCAGCUCCAGUGCAAGGAAGAAGCUGCAUAUCAAUGAUGCCUCCCACAACCACCACUCCAAAAUGAGCAAAAGUUCCAAAAGUUCAGGUAGUUCAUCUAGUUCUUCCUCUGUUAAGCAGUAUCUAUCCUCUCACAGCUCUGUUUUUAACCAUCCCUUACCCCCUCCUCCCCCUGUCACAUACCAGGUGGGCUACGGACAUCUCAGCACCCUCGUGAAACUGGACAAGAAACCAGUGGAGCCCCACGGUCCUGAGGCCAAUCACGAGUACAGUACAAGCAGCCAGCAUUUGGACUACAAAGACACAUUCGACAUGCUGGACUCGCUGCUAAGUGCCCAAGGAAUGAAUAUGUAAUCAUUUGUUUAGGUCAACUUUUCCUUUCCUUUUUAAUUUAAAAAUGGUUGGAAUGGAAAACUUCCUCCUGAUCCAGCAGUGGUGCCACUGCUUCUGUAUUUGUAAGUGCUGCUUUAUUCUUCAUUCUGAAAAGAAGAGAUGAUAGUAAACAAGUCUUUCUCCACAUGAUAGUGUUACCAGUACUGUAAACGCAUGGAAGAUGCAGCUAAGAACAUUAGGAUGAAUGGCUGGCUGCUGCUAGGAAUCUAAGCUGCCUCAAGCUUUUGUUAUUUAUGAUUUGAAUACUGUAGCUGUUUUUUUGUUGUUGCUUGGCUUUGAAUGAGUGUAAAUUGUUUUCUUUUGUGUAUUUAUACUUGUAUGUAUGGUUUGCAUGUCUCAAUGAUAAAGGGAUAAAACAGUAUACUGACAACUGUUUACAAGAAAGUGGAGAAAAAUGUACAUACAUUUUUGUAUGUUUAGAUAUUACCAUAAAUACUCAGGAUUGGAGCUGCUUGUAAGUAUAACUAUACAGAAUAACUUUAUUUUCUCUCGUCAGAGUCCAUCACUAAUCUAAAACACAAGUGGCACUUUUUUAUGUUACCCUUAAACUCUAGGCCUUACUGGAAGCCGCUGAGGGACACUUCACUACUACAUGGGGAUGCGGUGCCGCGGGGGGUCCUUAACACUGGGAAGCGCUCAGUUUGCCUUCAGAGAGUCUGACCAGAUUGGCUACAGAAUCAGCCCUGAUUUCUGAAGGCUUGAAGAGGAAAAGAAAAAGACAAAAGUUUACAUACACUUGAUGUGAAGUGCAUUUAAAUGUUUGUUGGCUUGUUGCAGUGCUGUAGAAGAACAGUUAAUAAUGGGUAUGAGGGUGACUGUGGCUUAACUCACAGGAGCUCCCAGUGAAGAGUUUGUCCAUUUCUUCAAGAACUUUGACACUAUAGAUUUUAACAGUGAACAGGGGUCACUUUUCCUUUACAUUUGCAGUGACACCGUAGUCUUUCAUACACUCUUCCCACGGGGAGAGAGAGUGAGUGAGUAUGUAUUAGGGAGAGAGAGAUACCAUUUCUUUUCAGGUAAAUGCAGUCUUCCUUAUAAAGAUGAAAUUAAACCUAUGCUCUCUUGAUUCUUUUAUAUUCUGACAAUAAAUAAAAAGAAAACAUUGCUGACUGUAUUUAUAGCUUAUGGUCAUUAUCAGGAAAAUGUAAGGAAAAAGGCCAGCCUCAGGCAAGCCACUGCUGGAGGUUUUACAUUCGUUUGCACGUCUUAGUAGGUUCUCAUUGAGGUGACGCUUGCACUGUCACCUGACACAUGGUCAGGGGAUAGACUAAUUUAUCUAAAUUUUGGUGUAAGCACCAAUAGUAUGGCUCUUGUAUUUCUGUGGUAAGUCUUAGCUGUUGAGUCUCUUAAGAUGGGUCGGAUUCAACUUGUAUUGAAUCACAAUUUUCUCUGUAUAUGAACUGUUAUAAAGCCACUGAUCUGUGCACAAUUGUAAUUUUAUUCAAGUAUGUUGUGGUUGUAAAUAUUAAGAGUUGAGCCUUGUACUCUACUUUUAUUUAGCAAUUACCUAAUUUUCCAGUAGCUAUUUGUUUGUUUGUUUGUUUGUUUUUUAAGGAAAAUUGUUAUUAUUUUGUCAAUGUUAUUUGAACUUGUGAUGUCAGGAGCCUCUUUGUGGGAACUCUGCCUAGCAGGCUCAUCAUCACUCUGUUCUUAUCUUGCAUCAGUAAUCUGUUACUAUGUGAUUUUGUUGCUGUGUGGUAUACUAUUGUAUCAUAAACAUGGUGAUUCUGAUGCAGUUACAGUUUACUGUGGUACAUAUUCAAGGACUAGCAUAGAAUUAAACAGAGUGCAAGGUGAGGAGGGAGGGAAGGGUUUUGUUCUUGGUGAUUUAGAUGUGAAACCUCGACAGAGCAUCAUGUGAACUGACAUGGGGUGGUCAUGCUACUGUAUCAUUGGGAGUGAUGCCAGGAAUUUUAAUCAGCUUUUGUAAAGAGUAUCCAGAGAAGUAGUGAACUUAUUUUCAGUAUGACAUAGACAACAAUGUGAAUAUUUAAGGUCUGGGACUAUAGUUAAACUUCACUAAGGAUUUUCAGAAAUGUGUUGUGUUUUUUGUUUGUUUGUUUGUCUUUUUUUAGAUAUGGGAAUAAAGGUAAUUUUGUUGAAUCUUAUUGGUGCUAAUGACGGACAGUUAAACAGAUAGUGUAUAUGCUGUGGAUCAGUACACUUAGUACUUCCAGAAUUGACUUUGAAAUGCUAUGUAUUCACUUUUCACUCUGUAAAUGUAAUUCUUUACAAUGACUAUUUAUUAAAAGGCAGUCAGUCUUGAUUUUUACAGGAUUGUGUGAACUAUUCAAACUCUUCAUCCUCUGAACAAGAUGCUAAAACCACAAUGGGGGAAAAUGUGUGAAUCCUCUUAGGUUUCCUUUCCACUAAGAAAACCUUCAAUUCAUAUCACCCUGAAUUUGCUUGAACCAUCUUGUUUGCAUAAAAUAGUUCAUCUGCAUGGUCCCAUUAGACUCUACCAAAGAAAAAAGACUCAAUGAAUGGACGUUCUAUUGUGAGUCUUCUAAGUAGCCAUAAAUAACCAAAAUAGUAUCAAACUUAGGUGUGAAAUUUCACAUGUGCGAAGUACUGUUAAGGUGAUACAUUUUGAUGAGUUUUUUAAUACUUGAAAAUAUUAAAAACAUUAAAUUGUCCUAUAAAAGAGUGAUUCAUUCUUAAGGAUGUGUUUCCCUAGGUUUGUGACCUUUUUGCAAAAGCACAUUGUAAUCAGAGGCAUCCUGUCUACCUCUCUCAGCUAAUUUUCCAAAAUCAAGAUGUGCUUCCUAAAUAUUUGCCUUAGAUACUAACGUGCAGUUUUCAGGACCAAAGCAAGGGAGUGUUUGUCUGCAGAAGUCUUUUUGUAGGCCUGUAUUACACACUCUGUGGCAGUGCCCAUUGGUGGAGAAGGCCUUGCAUGUCUCCUAGUAUCAGAUAGUAGCAAUGGAAGGCAGUGGUAGUGGUCCCGGGCACCCGUUAGAGCAAUGACUGCAUCUCAGUGCAUCUCAGUCUUCUUUGUUGUUCAGAAUAUUCAGCCUUCUAAGAUGUCUUCCAUGGUACAGGUUAUCAGUUUUCUUCAGGAAUGUCAUGAGUACAUACUUUGUGCCAACAGAUUGUUAUAUAGGACUCCCAAACUUUUAGACCUAUCUGUCCCCUUUGUACUAAAAAUAGAACUAGUUAGGGAUAUAUACCUUAGAGAAACAGUUUGGAAUGUUUUCAUUAAUUACAAACACCUUGCCUUAAGAGGUUUCAAAAAGUGUAUUUUCUUAUCUGAGAGUUUAAAUUCUGAUUUUAUUCCUUAUCCAGCCUGAGGAAUAAUCCACUGCCUGUAUAUGCACAGAUGGAGCAUGAGUUGUUGAUUAGAUAACUCAGGCUCCAGCACUAUGGAGAUAGUUUGCUUAGAUAAUAUCUAAGUAAGAGGAAAGUUUCUGGUUUGGGUAUAUUGAGACACAGUCCUAACUCAAUACAGGCUGGCUUUGAAGCCUCUACCCAUGCCUGGAUCAUUGUUUUAAGCUAUUCCCAAUCUUACCUGAGCAAAAAGGGACUUCAAAUGUGGACUUAAUUUGCCGGAAGAUUCUGAGGAUUUCUUUGCUGGGGGAAAAAGAAAAUCUGGAAACUCGGUAACAACCUUUGGCUUGGUAUUUCUCUUGAUUGAGCAGUUUCCCCCUCAGGAUCCUCUCUUGGGCAGGGCUAGGAUCCGAUCAGCACAUUUACACAGGGAAAGAGUCAGGAAAGCCCAUGCUAGGGGAAUGUGAGUGGACUGAGUUUAACUCUCCUGUGCCUGUUGGUUUAAGAGAGGUGGGCUGAAACAGUGCAUUCCUGGUUUUCCUCAGUACUGUGUUGGUCCUAUUGAUACUAGGGUGUGUGUUUAGAAUGCAGGCACUUUGUGUAAUACAAGUCAGCAGUUAGAUGGAAGCCAGAUGAGAUGCUUGUUGGAAACACCUGUCUUCAUGUUAGUGGUCUGGAUGGUACUGACGUGCUCCAAGUUCUUUGUUAUUCCAGUUUUGAAUUGUGCCCAGCUGGCUCUUUGCUCUGUGAGUCCCCUUUCCUGGUCUGUGAUUUCCCAUCUUUCCUGCCUGGUGUAUUCUUGAGGUAUCCUGAUAAUGCCCAAAACUACAUGGGUAGGGGCAGUUCUGGUCCCCUAAGCUGUCUUCAUCCUUUCACUGCAAUUCAAUAAUCUCAAAAGUCAAUCCUGGGAACUGUGUAGCUUCCCUUUGUUUCCAGGUUUUGAGAGGAAACCUCACUUAAAUUCCUCCAACCGACAAGUUCAUUUAGUAGUUUGUAUAACUUAAUUGGCCAGUUGAGAGUAGCUUCUCUUGAUUAGGAAAAGGUUCCUGAAGUACCAAUUUGUUAUGGGCAGUGGAGUUUGAACGUUCAAAACCCUUGUGGAUAAUUGAAUGAAACAAGAAAAUUGUAUACUGGCAUGAAUUAGCCUUUGAAUUUCAGCUUCUCAUUACAUAAGGAAUUACUAAUAAAGUUUGUUUAUUGACAACCAAA